AUGCUACAAAAUCUCUUAUCAUCAUUUGCAAAAUUGGAGUGGUUUCGCAAGUGUCGAGUGAGUGAAGGAGGCACAUCUACGUCCAAAGGUUUGACUAAGUUCUACGCCGACAAGAGGGAACCAUGUGUGUUCCUCAGAAAAGUUUUGACAAUAACCACAAGCUUGGGUUGUUUUGGUUCUUCCAAAGUGUUUUUCUCUGUUUUUUGGCUGUUGGACCUUGUCGGCACCUCCUUGUCUUUCUUCCUGCACCAAAAGUCCCUUAGGUUUAUGCAUUUUGUUGAGUUUGUGAAGGUGGCAGAGUAA